AUGGAGACUGAGGAGACCGAGCACACCCAGAAAAAAACCGAAGUUCCAUCGAUGGAUGACACCAUGGAGGCUGAGAAGACCGAGCACACCCAGAAAAAACCAGAAGUUUCAUCGAUGGAUGACGCCAUGGAGACCAAGAAGGACACCAAGGACAAGAACAAAGGUCCAGUGAUGGAUAACACCAAGGAAGCCGAGAAGACCGAGAAAAAAAACGACACCAUGAAGGCUGAGAAUGCAACCAGACCAGUGAGCCAUAGUGCUUCCUCAAGUAGGCUGACAGGCGAGCAGCGCAGACAACAGAACGAGUUUGUGCCAGACCCAAGGAACCCUGCAGAAGUACGCCUGCGAGCUUUGAUGGACAAAAAAAAUAUCCGGGAAGCUCGCAGAAAGGAGAAGAGAGCCAAUGAGCGGAAGUCAGUGGAGUGGCGCAGCUUACAGAACUGUUGGGAGAGGAAGGGGGUCAUUGAGAAUGAAAUGGUCUGCUUCAAGAUCACCAUGGUGAAACCACGAGUGCCGGGAAAAGUGAAAUUGGAGGCCGCCCAAACGGUGAAGAGCAAGGAACCCUUUCGAAAACAUCCGUUCUACAGCUUUAAGAGUUUGUGGAAACUUCAAACGUAUCCUGCUGGUGGCACUCGAGUAACGCGAGUGGUGAAGGAAUUCAAACAAUUUGACCUUUUGGAGUUUGAUGCCUUGAACGCCGUGAGCCGGUCAAUUGAGGUGGAGAAUGAAGAAAUUCGCCAAUCAUGGAGUUCUGCCUUGCGCGUUCAACCGAUCAAGGCUGUUGCAAAGCCAGACAAAGCUCUGGGACUCGCGGCUCAGGCAGAAACGGAGAAGGAGAUGUACAGUGCAUCCUUCCUGCUGGACGUGGGGGCCAUAGUGGGGAAGUGGUGGAUUGUUUUGCAUCCAUGGGCACCCAUUUAA